AUGAAACAUGCUGAAGAUGCUUUCAUUAGCACUAAUCCUAAUGCUGAAUAUGAAUUAGAAAGAGAUGAAGAAGAAAUAGAAGAGAGCCAUGAAUUAAAAGAUAGUAAUCAAUUAGAAAGUUUCGAAGGCAAAUUUAUUAAUCCUCGCGAACCUAAAAUUCGAGACACAAUAAUUCAAUCAAGUAACCAUAUAAGUAAAACUCUAGACAUUCGUUUAAAAGAACUAGAAAAGUCUAGUAGCGAUAUACUUACUGAAAUGAAAGCAUUUAAUGAUGUUUUUAAUAAAAGUUUUGUUGACUCUAUUGAACAAAUAACUGGUCUCUUAUCAGAAAUAGGAGGCAAUAUGAAAUAA